UUCAGGAUGGACCCGAGCAGAGAAAAGCCCGUUAGUUUCCAGCGCUAGAGGAGAAAGUCCAUGUCUCCCCUCCACAUAGUUUCACCAUGUCGAGGGAGAACACGACCCGGAGUCUGGACAGCAUAGACCUCGCUGCUCUCAGGGAUCCUGCAGGAAUCUUUGAGCUGGUUGAAGUGGUUGGAAAUGGGACGUACGGGCAGGUGUACAAGGGUCGUCAUGUCAAGACCGGUCAGCUGGCAGCUAUCAAAGUCAUGGAGGUCACAGAGGAAGAAGAGGAGGAGAUAAAACUGGAGAUCAAUAUGUUGAAGAGUUACUCCCACCACAGAAACAUUGCCACCUAUUACGGUGCCUUCAUUAAGAAAGGCCCUGCUGGACAGGACCACCAACUCUGGCUGGUAAUGGAGUAUUGUGGAGCUGGCUCCGUGACGGACCUGGUGAAGAAGACGAAGGGAAACUGCUUAAAAGAAGACUGGAUCGCUUACAUCUGUCGAGAAGUGCUCAGGGGUCUUUCCCAUCUUCACUCCCAUCAUGUGAUUCACCGAGACAUUAAAGGACAAAAUGUUUUACUCACAGAGAACGCCGAGGUCAAACUGGUUGACUUCGGAGUCUCCGCCCAGCUGGAUAAAACGAUUGGACGGAGGAACACGUUCAUCGGGACUCCCUAUUGGAUGGCCCCAGAGGUCAUCGCUUGUGAUGAGAACCCUGACGCCACCUACGAUUAUAGGAGUGACCUCUGGUCUCUGGGCAUCACUGCUUUAGAGAUGGCUGAAGGAGCUCCUCCGCUCUGUGACAUGCAUCCAAUGAGAGCACUGUUUUUGAUUCCUCGAAACCCUCCACCCAAACUCAAAUCAAAGAAGUGGUCGAAGCGUUUCUUGUCGUUUGUUGACAGUUGUCUGGUGAAGAACCACCUGCACCGGCCCCAGACGGACACGCUGCUGAAACACGCCUUCAUCCGGGACCUGGCCAACGAGAGGCAGGUCCGCAUCAUGCUCAAGGAUCACCUGGACCGCACCAGGAAGAAGAGGGAGAAAGAGGGUCCAGAGUACGAGUACAGCGGGAGUGAGGAUGAAGAUGAUGAGGUCACAGAAGAGGAAGGGGAACCCAGCUCCAUCGUGAACGUACCCGGCGAGUGGACGUUAAGACGGGAGUUUCUUCGUUUACAGACGGAAGAUCGUGACGGAGGAAGAGAGGGAGGUCACGGAGGAGGAGGUCAGCAAAGACAAAAAGCGUUCCAGCAGCACAAGCAGCAGCUGGCCGAGCAGGAACGGUACAAGCAGCAGUUCCUGGCUGACAGACAGAGGAGGAUCCAGCAACAACACGAGCAGCGGCAGAAGUUAGAGGAUCAGAAGAGGCAGCAGCUCAUGGAGGGGGCGUUCCAGUGGGGGGAGCUGCAGGAGGUCUUUGUUGGGGAGGAGUCUGAUCUGCAGGACAACAAAAUCUUACUGGACGAUAGAAACAAGAGGUCUGACAGGAGACAGGACCACGGUGGCAGCAGACAGUGGCGUGCCGAUGUGUCAGUCAGGCCUCUGGACUCCGCAGAAGAGCAGAGAGCUGUGGCUCCCACCGCCCAGCCGCUUCAGCAUAGGGCCCUGCACCCCCAGCCGCACGCUAAGCGCCCGCCGCUGGUCCUCCAGCAGCAGCCGACGGCGGGCCGGAGGUCCCACCGCACCCUGCCCAAGGACCAGACCCAGCUGCUGUCCCUGCAGCACGACCACAGACACAGGGAGAAGGAGAAGCAGAGGGAGAGGCAGAAAGAAACGAGCGCGGCAGCUGUCCAAAAGCUCACCGCCAUUAGUGGGAACAAAGCUGCUGCUGCUGCUGCCGCUGCUGCUGCUGCUGCUGCUGCUUCACACCGGCGCGCUGCAAACAGCCAGCGCACCGCGAUGGACCUGCAGGAGUCGAGCAUCGCCAGGAUGCUGCUGGCCGCCGGUCUGCCCGGGCCCAUGCACCAACGGCUGGGCUCUGGGAGCAGCUCCAGCCCAUGCACCCCGGCCAUGCAGAGGGCUCACUUCAGCCAGAACGCUAACCUGCGCUCCAGCCGCGACGCCCCUCACAGCAGCUCCAUGUCAGACAUGGCCAUCUCCCCCCUGUCCCCGUUCCCCCCCACGUCCCCCACCGACAGCGUCUUCUGGGACUCAGCCGAGACGCCCCCUAAGGUCCCCGAACGCACCACCUCAAAGUUUCACUGUCGAGAGCUGGUGAAGGAGCACAAGAGAACGGCCUCAAGCGGCAGUCCGGCGUCUGCUGCAGACCGGAGCGGACGAUCUCAGGGAGUUCCCUCCUCCAUCAGCAACCAUCCAGGCUACUUCAAACUGGAAAGUCCUCUCCUGCAGCAUCGUCUCCAACAGCACAGGAAGGCCGACAAUUCAAGCACUGGACUCUCAGAUGGAGUCAGGUCUGCUCUGGGCCGCGUCAACAAGGCCACAGAAUACUCCUCCUCUAGUGACGAGGUCGGCAGCAGCGACGACGAGGACAGACACAGGUCUGGGCUGUGCAACGGGAAAGGGAAGUACUUCCGAGGAAUGCCCGACGGCAUCAUCCUGCAGCCCCACCACAAUCUCAACCAGAUUUCCCGCUUCUGUUCGGAUGAUACGUACCUGCUGCCGGACCUCUUACAGAAAACCUCGUCCUCCAGUCCCACUCACGACGCGCUGAGUCAGCAGAGAGCACUUGACUUCGGCUACCCGCUGUCCCCCUCGACCCCGGGGUCCCCCACGCUCCACGAUCUGCAUGCCAUGAGCAGCCCUACUUACAAAAGCUCCUCUUCAUCCUCCUCCUUCCUGCCCUUCAUCGACCCAAGAUUAAUCCCCAUCUCAUCACCACCUCAGAGCCCCACGGGCAGUAAGGGUGAACCACUCAAAAGAGAGAACCACAGGAAGGGCUCGGUGGUGAACGUGAACCCGACCAACAUCCGCCCGCAGAGCGACACUCCGGAGAUCCGCAAAUACAAGAAGAAGUUCAACGCCGAGGUCCUCUGUGCCGGAUUAUGGGGUGUGAACCUCCUGGUGGGGACAGAGAACGGCCUGUGGCUGCUGGACCGGAGCGGUCAGGGGAAGGUUUACUCGCUCAUCAGCAGACGGCGGUUCCAGCAGAUGGACGUCCUGGAGGGACUCAACGUCCUCAUCACCAUAUCAGGUAAAAAGAACAAGCUGCGUCUGUACUACCUGUCCUGGCUGAGGAACAAGAUCCUGCACAAUGAGCCGGAGGUGGAGAAGAGACAGGGCUGGACCUCCGUGGGGGACCUGGAGGGCUGCGUGCACUACAAAGUGGUACGCUACGAGAAGAUCAAGUUCCUGGUGAUCGCACUGAAGAACGCUGUGGAGGUUUACGCCUGGGCCCCCAAACCCUACCACAAGUUCAUGGCCUUCAAGUCCUUCAGGUCCCUGCCCCAGAGACCCAUGUCCGUGGACCUGACAGUUGAGGAGGGACAGAGGUUAAAGGUCAUUUAUGGCUCUCUGUCUGGUUUCCAUGCCAUCGACGUGGACUCAGGAACGCCCUACGAUCUCUACCUGCCCACUCAUAUCCAGGGCUACAUCCGUCCCCACGCCAUCAUCAUCCUGCCGAACAAAGCUGGAACGGAGGUGCUGGUCUGCUACGAGGACGAGGGCGUCUACAUCGACACCUACGGCCGCAUCACCAAGGAUACGGUGCUGCAGUGGGGAGAGAUGCCUGCGUCUGUCGCGUACCUGCAGUCCAACCAGGUGAUGGGUUGGGGAGAAAAGGCCAUAGAGCUGCGCUCGGCCACCACCGGGAACCUGGAGGGAGUUUUCAUGCACAAGAAAGCCCAGAAACUCAAGUUCCUGUGUGAGAGGAACGACAAGGUGUUCUUCGCCUCGGUGCAGUCGGGGGGCAGCAGUCAGAUCUACUUCAUGACACUGGGACAGAACUUGUUGUUCAGCUGGUAACAGCCGGACCGGGACCCCCGGGACCAGCCGGUGGGCCGGGUCAUCCUGGGUUCAUGCUGAGGCCUUUCCUGAGCGGAUCUCUGGACGGUGGAGCCACACACGGAUCAGCCAAACGUUCUUCCGUCCCUCCAGUGUCUGUAAAUCAGUAGCCGUCCAUGAAUGAAGGUACAUGAAGCAGUGCCUUCGUGAGUGAGCGGUGACUCCUCCGCCCGGCUCCGAUCCAGCUCCAUCUCAGCGUUCUCAUUCUCAUCAUCGCAUUUAUGUCCAUGGAGGAUUCAGUUGUAUCAGUUAAUACUGUGUAAAUGUUUUUAUUCACUUAUAUUCACUUUAACAAUGUUGUGUAUUACUGGAACGGUUGUUUGUUUUGUGUCUGAUGAAGUCUUACACUGCAAAAACUCAAAAUCUUACCAGGAAUAUUUGUCUUAUUUCUAGUUAACAUGUCUCCUUUUUAGUCAAAAAACUCAUUACACUUAAAACAAGAGUCAUUACCAGAAAAAUAACUUAUUUGCAAUUU